AACACAAACAAAUAGACAACAAAAAAUGUGCCCGUAUUGAAACAAUGGAGCUGAAAACUCAAUUUCUCUGUUCAAGAAUACUGGGUAAACCGCAUGGGCUGACAUGUAUGUGCUUGAGAAACUCGGUUUAUAGACGUAAGGUUGUAAAAACCUGGCAUUGUAACCCACCAAGGUGAUGAUGGUGGCCAGCUGAGAAGAUCUCUCUCUCUCUGAGUUUGUGCAUUUGUGCAUUUGUGACGCCACCUGCAGCAUUGCCAACAACACUGCAACAAAAAGGCCCAUUGGCUUCAGCAAUUUAAAGCCUGGGGUCAACGACGCAAAUCGCAACUCGAACAAUCAAAAGCACGGCGAGUUUGGAUGUUCCAAGAAGGGUCGCCAAAGGGCGCUACUGAGUUAACUUUUGUUUGCUCUGGUGUCGUCGUCGCUUGCGUAACCGCGGCGUAAAUUGUACACACAUCUCGGCGCUAACCAAAAUCAACUUAACUUUACCCCUUCCACACACGACACCGUAGCGCGAAACGGUGGAGGGGGGGAGAGGGGGGUUGUUCCUGUUGUUGUUAUUAUUGUUGUUGUUGGUGCCGACCAAAAAACAACAAUGUCACCGCUGUGGACGAGGUGCUGCUGCAGCAGCGGCGGCGGCGGCGUAAAGGCCGCCGCGGUGGCUCGGUGCCUCCGGCCUCGCGGAGGCCCCCUGCGAUCAGGCCACGCGUGGGGGGGCCACCCCCUGCGAUCAGGCCACGCGUUGGGGGGCCACCCCCUGCCCUCGGACAUCGCGGGGGGCUCGCUGCGAGGCCCCGCCGUCGGACGCGCCCGCCCGGCGGCAGGGCCGUGGCGGCGAGGGAGCCACGCGGCGCGGGGCAGCCCGGCCGAUGUACAGACGUGGUGGUGGACCGUGUCGAUAGCGCCAAGGAUGGCAGGCCUUGCUGGCACACCCAUGGGAGCCCAAUCUCGGCUAUGGGCACGUGGUUUCACCACACAGCGUGGAGAGGUGGCUGAGAAGCCAGCAGUUGGAACGGCCGCCCAACAGGCUCAGGCGGCUGGGUCCACGAAGAAGCCAGACCCUCCCAUCGCGGAGUCGGUUGGAACGCCCAGCAAAGCACAGCAGCUGAAGCGCGUAUUCAAGGAGUAUGGUGCAGUCGGAGUUGUGUUCCACAUAUCAAUCUCGCUCGUCUCUCUCGGCAUCUGCUACCUCGCCGUGUCUAGUGGCUUGGACGUGGAGGCGUUGCUGCGGAAGCUGGGCGUUGGCGAAGCCUUCUUGAGCUCGCGUGCUGCCACGGGUACCAGCACGUUUGUGCUGGCCUACGCCAUGCACAAGGUGAUGGCGCCGGCGCGCAUCAGCAUCACGCUUGUGUCCGUGCCGCUGCUCGUGAGAUACCUGCGGAGGGUCGGCCUCUUCCGCCCACCUGUCCCCAAGCCCUGAGGAUGUUGCUCAACAGGCCCCCAUCACACGCGUUGACCGACCGUCUUUUGCCAACCACUGUGAUGGCACCUUAAGUAUGAGGGCUCCCAUAUUUGUUGACUUUUGUUUUGCAUUGCUUGUUUCUUUCUCACCGAGAUGUAGGGUUACUACCUCUGAGGUGCGAAACACUGGGAUAUAUCAUGGAAGUAAGAUAUCUUACAGUACUGGAAUAGGGGAGAAAUAAUUGUCAAUUGAUUAUAUUCGGUGGUGAAUUAUUAAGCAACUGACAAAAGCAGGAAUGUUUAAUGCCCUGGGAAGACUAAAAUAUUUCCCUGAACAGCUGCUUCAAAAAUGGGAUGAUCCUGGGAAAAGCAUGAUAAGUGGCAACCCUACUGAGAUUGGAGGAUGUAGUGCAUGGCUCAUGUGCAAGUCUGUGUUUUAUUAGUUAGAUGCAAUUGAUUAAUUAUUUUGUAGAGAAGACUUUACGGAUGAUGUAAAGAAGGUGCAAAGUAGGUCACUGUGUGGCCAAUGUUUUAGCUAAAAUCUUAAUGUGAACAUUGCCUGUAAUUAAUUUACUAAGCGGGCCCUCAUAUUGUUACAAAACUGUGGGUUUGUAGUAAUAAAACAAUGAACAGUGUUUAUUUUGCAUACAAAAAAAUUAAGCAGCUUUUAAGUCCAUCAACCAAUGGUACUUUUGGACGAAUAUAUUCUGGCUGGUAAACUCUGGACUGGUUUUGACUUUUAAUCUCAUCAGCUGGGUGCGGCUUGCCUAAUCAAACUUAAUAUUGCAAAGUUGCCAUGCGUCUUGUAUACAAAACCCAUCCAUGACCAACCAUGGGACAGGCCAACAGUGCGGUUAUGCAUGUCAACUUGGAAAACACAUAAGACAUCACACUGGGCCCCCAUGGUUGAUGAAAGGUGACCAAACAGUGGUCUGAUCACUACCUUUAAAGUGCUGUGGGGAAAAUAGAACCUGUGGGCUGAGACAGCUCAUGCUUGGUUGAAAGUGCACACUUGUAUGUUUUAUUUUAUUGUCUUAUAAAUGAUGGCAAAGGUGACAAAGAAUAAACAAUUAUUUUUGUGCGUAACAUACAACCUUCAAAUUGCCCUAGCCAAUUGAAUUGAAAGCACAAUAGCAUUUCAUAUAUGAUGUCAUCUGCCUGUAAUAUGAUUACUUUUGAUGGCAUAAAAGCAAGGCAUAUACAUUGUGCGUUAAUAUAUUAAAGUACUCAAAGAGAGCUUUCGAGAUAACGUUGGGUUCUCCAACGUUUAUGGACUGGGCCUGGUCACCAAUGGCUGCACAAAAAAAACACCACGUGAAUUUUGGCUUCAUACUAAUUUGGAUAAAUUCCUACUAUGAUAAUUAAUAACAGGGUUUCCUGUCAUGUGACCAGCAUGACUGGAGUGUGGGAAGUGAUGCACUCUAGUGUGGAUUAAAGGUCACUUGAAGAGAUUUCUUAAGUAGUUCUAUAAUGUCAUUCUGCAGACUUUUCUAAUACACUGCUCCCUGACACCGAUAACACAAUUAGGAUGACGUCGACGGAGAAAAGACUUUACAAAAUAAAGACAAGGGCACAUUGCAUGCAAUGCUGGCAUGUGCAUACUAUAAUUUAGUGGUUGAUGGUCCACUGUGCACACUGGAUUGGCCUGUGUUCUUGGGCUUGGUCCGCCAAUUGAGCAAGCAUAUUGCUUCAGCUGGGACCGAUGCAGUCAAAUGUCGUUGACUUACGCGUGAUAUUACACAGCCCAUGGACUACACGGCCCAAGAACAGCACACCCGCCAAUGCACUUUGUGCGACCAUUUCUUGGACACUUAUUUAAAACAUGGACACUGACGAAGAAGAUGUAUCAAAAGCUUUGCAGAGUGCCAAGAAGCGUGGAGAGAUGGGAUUACACUGAGAUGGAAAGAGGAACACGUACUUAACUGGUAAUUCUAAGUGGGCUUGAGUAAGACGUUAUUAGAAGUGAUGAGGCCAUUGGGUGAAAAUAGCCAAAAGAACAAAGUACAUCCACCAUGGAGAUGGAGCAAUAAGAUUUCAUUAUAUGCAAGUGUUGAGUGGGUUGUUGCAUCACAUGACCACAAAGGGUGGCGGUGACUUCAGGCCUUCAUCCAGCAGUGGAUCGAUCAUGGCUGAAUAUACAUUAGUCUUUAAAGCUGAAUUAAAACCACGCUUAUGAAAUUAAAUUGCAGUGUAAUAUAAUAUACCACAUUAUAUACCACGUAAUACAUAUAUGUAUUGUUAUGCUAAAACAGGCCCUUUGGUUUAAAGUGAAUAUGCCUGUUAUUUAAUAAUAGUAUAUAUGAUUUUCCUUUGUGUAUGUGGAAUAUCAGUGAAAUGAUAAUGGAUAUAGGGUGCAAUUAUUACAUAUAGGUGAAUGUUCUUUGAAUCUUACUAGGACAAAACAAGCAAAUGUACCCAAUACCAGCAAUGCAGGAUAAUACUAAAGUGAUGUUUCCACCGUUUCAUAGAAAUGUGAAUCUAUCCCAUUUUCUCCAAUUAAAAAUAUCAUGCAGUACUUUAUAUUGACAAAAAUAACACAUAUUCUUGUGGUGAUUUUUGACACCUCGUGCAUAUGGCUUGUAACAUUUUGUGAAAUGUGUCCUGCUGCACAUUGCUGAAUAAUCCAGUGAUCAUGGUUUUAAUGUUUAAUGUUGGCUGCUUGUGCUUUCUCCUCAGUACUGUACUGAGCCAUUUGCACUGCACCUGAUAUAGAUAUGUUCUUGGAAGUGCCAACUGUCUCCAAAGUAAUGGGGAAAUAAACCACGGAACCAGAGACACGAUUUUUGUGUAAUCACAGAAUUUGGGUUUUAGUUGAUGAAUUAUUACAGGUUGAUGCUUCUUUAGUUUGCACGAGGGGUUAAGAUGUUAGUGCUAACUCAUAGUCUAGGGUUAGAGUUGGCAUGUUUGGGUUAUGGGUAAGAGGUUAGGGUUUAACAUUCGGGUUUUAGGUCAGUGGUGUCCAACUUUGCUGGUCUUUUCAACCCUCACAUUUCUCUCUCGGACCACCACGAAGUAUACAUUCUGGUGUUUUGUGAAUGUUUUUGUAUCUGCAACAGUUCCAUGGACCACUUUCCACGAUCUUGCGUGGUACCAGUGAUCUGCAGACCACUGGUUGGGAACCACUGGUUUAGGGGUUAGCAUUAUACUUUAGGGUUAGCGGUUUGGUGUUAAGAGUUUCGGGGUUAGGAUUUAGGGUUGGGGUUAAGGUUAGUUGACCACUUUUCUUGCUACGAAUCUGCGAUGACAAUAAUCUCAGCCGAAUGUUCUUUGGUCAAGCUAUGCCUGCAAGUAGUAACUGGACUUGAGUACUUGCAGGAUAGAUAAAUGAUGGAAACGACUCUUGUGACUUGUUACAUCAGCAUAAUUUUUAUUUUCCAUUCCAUUGUGAAGAAAUGUGUACAUAAAAUCAAUAUUAACAUGCAGUGGUGAGUUAUUGACUUGACAGUCAUGUUAACACUGCAGUUAUCGAAUUUAAAAUAAAACAUUCUAAAAUAAUUACGUA